AUGAUCAUCAAGAAGCCACCGGCGACGGAUGACGCGUUCAUCGAGAGCAACGUAGUUAAACGCUUUUCUCCCCUGGCACGUCAGGUGCUGGCAGCAUCCGGACCCAUCAUCAGCAGUGCAGCAGCCGGCAUGACGAACGGCUUUUCCGCCAUUUUACUUCCACAGCUCCAGCAGCCGGGCAGCAAACUAUCCAUCACCGAAGAUCAAGCGUCAUGGAUCGCUUCAAUGGCACCGUUACCGAUGGCGCUCGGCUGCAUACUGGGUGGUUUGCUGAUGGAACGCUGCGGCCGUAAGUCGGCCCACCUGCUGCUGAACAUAUCGUUUGCCGUCGGUUGGUGUGUACUGUCAAUGGCCGGCAGUUAUCCACAAAUUCUAGCCGGGCGCUUUAUCACCGGACUAAGCUGCGGGCUGGUUGGGCCUCCUGCCUCGGUGUACAUAGCGGAAACGAGUGAUCCACGCUACCGUGGCAUUCUGCUCGCUGGCGUCACGUUCGCUGUGUCGGGUGGCAUUUUGCUGGCGCAUCUGUUCGGGACCUUCUUCCGAUGGCAAACGGCCGCCUUGCUGUGCUCGCUGUUUAUGAUCGUCGCGUAUCUGUUGAUGCUUGUAUCGCCGGAAAGUCCUGCAUGGUUGCUUGCCCGGGGAGCUCGGGCCGAGGCGGAAACAUCGUUCCGUUGGUUGCGCGGUUUCGAUCCGGCUAGCCGGCAAGAGUUCGAUGCGAUGGUAGCGAGAACGGAAAAGCGCGAGAGCAAUGAUAAAAGCAUGGAAACGCGGCCAGGGGCUUCGAAUGUGAAGCGCUCGCCAUAUCGACGACGGGAGUUUCUUAUGCCGCUGGCAACACUGCUCGUGUUCUUUGCCACCAUGCAGUUUUCGGGCGUGAACAUCGUCGCGUUCUACUCGAUCGCACUGAUGAAGACUACGAUCGGGAGCGAUAACUUGAACGAGUAUCUCGCCAUGUUGAUUGUGGAUUUGGUACGCGUCGUAACGUCACUGGUGGCGUGCAUUCUGCUCCGCUCCGUUGGCCGUCGUCCACUGGCGAUGGCAAGCGGUGUAGGUACGACCGUGUCGCUGAUCGGACUGUCGAUCUUCCUGUACUUCCAAACGAGUAUCCCGCUGUACCGGAACUACUCCUGGCUGUCGUUGGUCUUUCUCAUCAGCUACAUCGUGUUCGUCGGCAUUGGUCUGUUUCCACUGCCCUGGUGUAUGACGGGCGAAAUCUUCCCGGUGGCCACCCGCGGUCUUGGUUCGGGGUUAACAUCGUCGUUUAAUUUCGUGUGCUUCUUCGCUGUGAUCAAAACUGGCCCGACGCUGUUUGCGACUGUUGGGAUUAAUGGAACGUUCCUGGUGUACGGGGUGAUUUCCUUGCUUGGGACGCUGCUGCUGUAUGUCAUACUGCCGGAGACGAAGAACCGCACCUUGCAGGAGAUUGAGGAACAGUUCCGGCGUGGACGAAGGAAAGCAAAGGAUGCAGAAGCGCCUACAGUGGAAGUAGGACCGUCAGCAACACCGUCAGCUGGAAUAGCAACAAUCUCUUAA